ACAAUUCCUCUAGUAUUUCCCUUUGCUCGUCACUUUCUCGCUCCCAAAACAGGGGCAAAACCCACCAUGCGAAUCAGCUGUAACGGGUGCCGAGCCCUCCGCAAAGGCUGCAGCGACGAUUGCAUCAUCAAACCCUGUCUCCAAUGGAUUCAGACUCCGGAAUCGCAAGCCAAUGCUACUCUCUUUCUUGCCAAGUUCUAUGGUCGUGCAGGACUCCUCAAUCUCAUCAAUGCCGGUGCCGAUGAUCUCCGCCCUUCUAUUUUUAGAUCACUGUUGUAUGAGGCAUGCGGGAGGAUCGUCAACCCGAUUUAUGGGUCGGCCGGGUUGUUAUGGUCCGGAAGCUGGCAGCUUUGCGAAGCCGCCGUCGAAGCCGUUCUCAAAGGCGAGGAGAUCGUGCAAGUUUCCUCGGAUGUGGCUCUGAGCAGCUCCACCCCACCCCUGAAGGCUGGCGACAUCCGCCACGUGUCAAAACAAGAGAGCUCAGACGUUUCCAAUCAGCUCUGCAAGGUCAAAACCCGGAGCCGUUUCAAGCGCCCGGCUAAUAAAUCCAAGAUCAACUCGGAGCGGGCUGAUGAGUCUAGGGAGGAUGAGGGGCUGAAACGGCGUCGGAAUGAGAAGUCUGAUGGAUCGGUGAUGGGUCCGAGUUGUGGAGGUGAUAGCGGCGCGGAAGGUGACAGCGUGUCAGUUGAGACGGUGGAGCCAUGCUUGGCGAAGUUGGAAGAACCAGCCGAUGGCAGUCAGCUUAAUUUGGAGCUGACCUUGGGGAUCUAGGCUGUAGCCGAGAGCUCACAGGUAGACGAGCUUUCGGCUCACGUGUCAGAAGUUGUGAUUGAUGGCAUGUGCAGGUUUCAAGCCGAUAAGCCGGUCGUUGUGGCUCGAGCCAUGAGAGACCAGAUUUGGUCCUGAAAAUCGCACAGUAACCCUUCUGAUGUUUUUUACGGUUACUGUCUUUUUUGGUUAGGUAAAAAGGUAUUGGGGGUCUUAGAAUCGAAAGUGUAAACAGUAACAGAGAGUUCUAACAAAAUUAAAUACAGUACA